AUGAACUUUCGUCGGCACUGUGUACAGACCCCUUCAACCCCUGUGUUGUUGUUGGUGGUAAAGCUGGUAUUGAAGGGUGAUGCUCAGGAUCCUGGUGCAGAUGAGACAACCAGGAAGGCCGUUUUCCUGGAAGCACUUCGCUUGGCUACAUCACAUUUCAAGUAUCCGAGGCAGGUCCGCAAGAACCUAGGAGCCAUGGGAUUAUGGGAAACAUUGGCGAAAAGUCAUCGCACCAUUUCAAAGAACAGCAUCAGUGAUUAG